GUGCAAACUUUUCAGUGAAGUUACUCUUGGCCUCUAGGGGGCAGCAGGCACCACUAUAUGUUCUAUUUACUCUAGCGUGAAGUGCUGAUUUGGUUUGAGAAGUACAAUACCACAAAUCUCCACUUUCAGCAACAGUAUGAGGGCAGCUAUUGUCUAUGUCAAGAGCCAAAGUGAUGCCAAGGCAUCAGUUAAAGACCUAAAUGGGUGUUCCCUUCAAGGCCACACUGUCCAGUUGGUGCGGCUCUGUGGGCUUGGCUCAGCUGAUCCUAAACUGAUCAGUGAUCAGUCCCACAGCACCUCAGAAACCUAUGAAGCUGAAACCGCAGGGGGUGGACUGGGAGCUAAAGGUGUAACCUACAGUUCAUCACAUGGAGCCGCCAGAGGAUCGUAGAUGCCCUGCUGGAACUGUGGGCCAAGCAUCAGGGUUUCUUCAGUGGGAUUCCUUUGAGAUCUAUAGUGGAUAUGACCUCCGAGCUUCUCACACAGGCCUCUACCCCAUCAUGUAUUUGAGUUUG